CCUCAUAGACAGAAAAACAGAAAAUAAACCUCAAACAAAUGAAAAUGAGUUUUGAAAUGUUUGACUUGACAGCAGCCAAUUUAAAAGUUUUGAAUUUUAUUUUACAGUUUACACAGUAAAUAUUACAAAAUUAUCAGUUACUUCUGGAAAAAACUGGCGAUGGAAGAUGAAUCCGACAACCAGCCGUCCGCUAGCAAGAAAGAAAGCCAAAGGGUAGCAUCCACAGAAGAGAUUUAUACUGAGAGACGGAAGGAUGAGGAGAGAAGAGAGCACGCUUCCAACAGCGAAGACUCUUUUACGUCUGGCUCGUAUUGUGCUAGAAGUAGAGUAGAAAUAACUGAGGCAAGGCCAGAAGUACCCAAGCCACCACUUGGCAAGAGGGAAGCAAAACCACCAGAGAAAAAGAAAAGAAGUCGUAGGCCAGGGAGAGUGGACAAGAGACGAAGAUCUCCAACCAGACGACAAGUAUUGAGAAGAGCUUCGAAACGGAAACCUCGCAAACAACGAAACCUGUCGGUUUCGACAAUAUUCACCAGGUUGUCUUCACAGAGUGAGUCCAGAUCACUGGGUUGCAAGUUCUGCGGCCACCGAUGCUGUCGCAGAAGGUACGAGUUGCGAAGAGCUAGAAGAAAAUAUAGGAAGAGGAAAAUCAAAAUCAACAAGCAGAGAAAUUUUCCGAAUCCGGUUCUCGUUAAAAUUGAAAAAGGUUCAAAGCAGGUUCAGGUAGGAUCCCGGUGUUGUAUGUUCUCACCUCUAUUCAUCAAAACCAACGCUGACUCGGAUGAGGUUCCAUUAGAACCCAGUUCUUACUGUGAGAUAACACCAGAGAUGAUAUAUGAAUCGCUGAGAAGACUCACGAUGUGGAGGCAAAAUGUGUUGAAGACCAGCAUCUUGGAGCAUUUGAGGACACAUUACCCUGUCAAUACAGAUGACAACGAACUGCAAGCGGAGUUAGCAGAGAAGCUAAGAAUCGCCGCAGUAGUUGGUUUCGUUGUCAACGUAGGAGAGGAUCGCUGGUGCCUCAACUGUGCUUUGCAAGAGAACAGGACGUUGAGUAAGUCGCACGUGACCAGGUUCUGGCAAGUCUACGCUGACACCAUGACACCGAUCAAGAGACAAGAAAAUGCGAAGAAUACAUUGAAAUAAUCGAUGGAAAAAUCCAGUGCAGCCACCAGUGUUCUGGGUCAAUCACCAACCCGUAUUAUGAAUUUUGAAUACCUAUUAUUUGGAAAUUUUGAAUAUUUUCUACGCAGAAGACUAUUCCUUGUAUUAUUAUGCUGCAUUUAUUCUUAUAAACACUUUUAAAGCCGA